UGAGUCAUUUUAUCAACCAAUUCUUCCACUUGAUGGCUUUGCCUUUAUCCGUGCACGUGUGUUCUGUGUUGCAAAAAUCAUUCAUUUUUUUGGCGCACAAUUAGUUACAGAUAUAAAAGAUGCCAUCCGACGCAAAGAAGAAACAACAACAAAAAAAGAAAGAGGCUGCGAAAGCCAGGCAAUCAGGCAAGAAACCAAUUAACAAUCAAACUAAAGGCGCAGAAGAUGGCAAAGAUCAAAAUAUUGCAUCAGAAGAAUCUGUUGAAAAUGGAACUAAUGGAACAACUAUUAGCGUAGAAGAGGCAUUAUGCUUAAAGCUUGAAGCAGAUGCAAGACUCAACGCAGAAGCACGUUCAUGCACUGGAUCAUUGGCUUCGCAUCCACGAAGUAGAGACAUCAAGAUAUCUAACUUUUCUAUAACAUUUCACGGUUGCGAACUAUUGCAAGAUACUAUGUUGGAAUUAAAUUGUGGAAGACGUUACGGUUUACUUGGUCUCAAUGGUUCAGGAAAAUCAACUUUGUUAGCGGUACUUGGAAAUCGUGAAGUUCCUAUACCAGAUCAAAUAGAUAUUUUUCACUUGACCAGGGAAAUGCCUGCCAGCAAUAAAACUGCUUUAGAAUGUGUCAUGGAAGUUGACGAGGAAAGAGUUAGACUCGAAAAGCUUGCAGAAGAAUUGAUCGAUUGUGAAGAAGAAGAUGCUCAGGAACAAUUAAUGGAUGUAUAUGAACGAUUAGAUGACAUGGCUGCUGAUACUGCUGAAGCACGAGCUGCUCAUAUUUUACAUGGUUUAGGUUUUACUUCUCAAAUGCAAAAAACUGCCACUAAAGAUUUUUCUGGAGGAUGGCGGAUGCGUAUAGCUCUUGCUAGAGCACUAUACGUGAAGCCUCAUUUAUUAUUGCUCGAUGAACCAACUAAUCAUUUAGAUCUUGAUGCUUGUGUUUGGUUGGAAGAAGAAUUGAAAACGUAUAAACGAAUUUUAGUAAUCAUUUCACAUUCGCAAGAUUUUCUUAAUGGCAUUUGUACAAAUAUUAUACAUGUCAAUAAGAAACAAUUAAAAUAUUACACAGGAAAUUAUGAGGCAUUUAUUAAAACAAGAAUGGAGUUAUUAGAAAAUCAAGCUAAACAAUAUAAUUGGGAACAAGAUCAAAUUGCGCAUAUGAAGAAUUAUAUUGCACGAUUUGGGCACGGUUCUGCUAAAUUAGCUAGACAAGCUCAAUCGAAAGAAAAAACUUUAGCAAAAAUGGUCGCGCAAGGUCUUACGGAAAAAGUAGUUAAUGAUAAAACAUUGAAUUUUUAUUUCCCAUCCUGUGGAACUAUUCCCCCACCUGUUAUCAUGGUUCAAAAUGUUAGCUUUCGUUAUAAUGAAAAUUCCCCCUGGAUAUACAAAAAUUUGGAGUUUGGUAUUGAUUUAGACACUAGACUCGCUUUAGUAGGACCCAAUGGUGCCGGAAAGAGUACAUUACUAAAACUACUUUACGGAGAUUUGGUACCUACAAGUGGUAUGAUUCGUAAAAAUAGUCAUCUACGUAUAGGAAGAUAUCACCAGCAUUUACAUGAACUUUUAGAUUUAGAUAUUUCUCCAUUGGAUUAUAUGAUGAAAGCUUUUCCCGAUGUUAAGGAACGAGAAGAAAUGCGAAAAAUUAUUGGUCGUUAUGGACUUACUGGACGACAACAAGUCUGUCCUAUUCGUCAACUAUCCGAUGGUCAACGUUGCCGAGUAGUAUUUGCCUGGUUAGCGUGGCAAGUUCCACAUUUGUUACUUCUUGAUGAACCUACCAAUCAUCUUGAUAUGGAAACAAUAGAUGCACUUGCAGAAGCAAUUAAUGAUUUUGAUGGAGGAAUGGUGCUUGUAUCUCACGAUUUUAGACUGAUAAAUCAAGUUGCGGAAGAGAUAUGGGUAUGUGAAAAUGGAGCAGUUACAAAAUGGAGUGGUAAUAUUUUGAAUUACAAGGAACAUCUUAAAAACAAAGUUCUUAACGAUAAUCAGAAAAGACAGAAGGAUUUUAUCAAUAGAGGAAAAUAAUGCAAGGCCCUUUAUUAUUCAAUAUAUAUAUAUAUAUAUUACAUUUCUCGUUUUAUCCAGAGCACUCUUUCUAUCUCUCUCUCAUUUCUUAUUUGAAAAUUUUACCAACUGUCUUGAUCAAUUAUCGUCACUGCACUUAUGCUACUAUGUAGCGUAUCGGUGACACGAGAUUAUUUAGUUAAUUUAUUUAAAACUAAUACAUUAUGAAAUAUACUACAAAUGUAUAUUUACUACGG